AUGGAGCGAGGGCUAAGACAAGGAGACCCUAUUUCACAAUUCCUAUUCCUUAUAGCUGUUGAAGGAUUCAACAUGCUGAUGAAAAAGGCGGUGGACAGCGGUAAAUAUAGCGGAUACAAAUUUGAGAAAGGAGAAGAACGAUUCACUCAUUUACAAUAUGCUGACGACACUCUGAUAAUUGGGGAAAAAAGUUGGUCAAAUAUUCGAACCAUAAAGGCAAAUCUCUUACUUUUCGAAGUGAUGUCUGGGCUAAAGGUGAAUUUUAACAAAAGCAAGUUAGUGGGAGUAAACAUUCGGCAUAGGUGGCUUGAAGAAGCAUCACAUAUCAUGAGCUGUCAAAUGGGCUCUAUCCCAUUCAAAUAUCCGGGUCUCCCAAUUGGAGCCAAUUCAAAACAAAUAGAAACAUGGUAUCCUGCGAUAGAAGUGGUUAAGUCAAAACUUUCUAGAUGGAGGAAUCAAUGUCUUUCGUUUGGGGGCAGAGUGGUGAUAUUAAAAUCAGUCCUUACUGCGAUUCCGGUGUACUUUCUCUCAUUCUUCAAGGCUCCGGCAGGUAUUAUUUCUAAACUAGAAUCUAUUUUCAAGAAAUUUUUGUGGGGUGGGAGCGAUAACGAGAGAAGAAUCAACUGGAUUCAAUGGGAAAAGGUGUGCAGGCCAUUAGAUGAACGGGGUUGGGGGUUAGAAAUCUAA